ACCAGCGCAGAACAUCCGCCGAAGCGAAUCAGCUGACGCGAAAACUUUGUGCGCCGCCAUCUUGCUUCUGCGUUUUUUAUAUUUGAUUCUGUUUCCUGUCUCGCACGCUCUCGCUUCGUUUCGUUUUCCUGUUUGUGUUUUGGAGCACCCUCCGCGCAUGCGCACGCGGCCGUUUAAAAGCCCCGAUAAAGAUGGCGCCGCGGAGGUGAGGCUGCACUGAAGCGGUGACGAACAAUGUCAAGUUGUGCCCCCGAAAGAUGACUUCCCUGGGUUCCGUGUUCGCGUCGGAGAAGAGGCUCGUGGAUUACUUCGCGAUCUGCGGUCUGGACCUCGACUCCGGCUUGGAACCGGACGCACUGUCGGGCGACCACCUGCAUUUCACCCCGUUGGACCGAUCAUACAAAGGCAAGACCUUGGCCCACUUUCCCGAAAAUGUGCCAUGGAAUCCGUUCGACCCAACUGCCAUUGGCAUGUUGUGCCUGCCCCACGGCCUGUGCUUCCGAACCCAGAAGCACCCACGGCAGCCCUUCUUCCACCCAUUCAUCGUCACCAGGGAGGACGGGUCACGCACCUACGGCCAGGCCCUCACCUUCUACGAGGAAGUCACCGACAAGCAGAUCUGCUCUGCCAUGCAGACCCUGCAGGCAAUGCACCUGACAGAACUGAGCUCGAGCGCCAACAAAACCCCUCUGAGUCGAACGGCAGCGGUGAAGCAAGAGGCGCCGGUCUCAAGGUCUCUCCCAAGGUCAUUUCGACUCAUGGCCACUUCCAGGUCUUCCGACUCCACUGCACCAGCCCUCUACGACAUCACCAAGGACACCCUGUACGUGAGCAAGGUGCUGUGCCUGGUGACCUCGCUGCCCGUGGUGAGCGCCAGCCGGGUGAUGCUGCAGACCCUGCUGGGUAUGGUGCAGGCCAGGGAGUCGCCCCCACUGCCCCUCGAGUGCUACAUCUACAACAUCCUGUACGAGCUGCCCCUGCCCCCGCCGGGACGCUCGCUGCGCCUGUCCUACCUCUAUCAGGACCAUGUCUGCCAGAGGCCGGGGACAGGAGAAUUGCCUUUCUUCGACUACUCCUUCCGUGAUCUCUUCAUGACGCUCGGUUUGGAGAACUGCGUCCUCCUCUUCACCAGCGUCUUGUUUGAGAACCAGAUCCUGCUCUGCUCUGAAGACUACCAGAAGCUGAUGCUGGUGGCAGAGUGUGUGUGCUGUCUGCUGCUACCCUUCCAGUGGCAGCACGUGUACGUGCCCAUCCUGCCCCAUUCCUUGCACCACUUCCUGGAUGCCCCCGUGCCCUUCAUCAUGGGCCUGCGCCAUCUGCACCAGGAUGCCCUGGACGCGGUUUGCCCCGGGGAGGCCAACCUGUGCCUGGUGGACAUUGACGGGUGCAGCGUCCAAGUGCCCGAAGACCUGCCCAGCUUCCCGAACAAGCAGGACCUGGUCUCGGAGCUGCGGGACCUACUCACCCGCUUCGGCGUGCUCACCCCCGGCGGGAGCCACCCGGGCCACUCCCCGCUGGUGCCCCCUUCGGCCACGCUGGGGCGCAACCUGAACAACCAGCUGCAACACGAGCGGACGGCCAACCUGCCCUUCCCCCGGCGCAAGCUGUCCUGGAGCCUGGAGAGCGGCGACUCCGGGGUGAGCAGCACGGACAGCAGCGCCCGCAGCUCCUACAGCAGCCUCGGCGGGCCCCCGCAGCUGCUGCAGCACAGUGAGGCCUACCAGCGCAUCGCCGCCGUCGCCAGGAAGGCCGGGGUGAUGAACUCUCUGGAGGACCUGCGGAAGCCCUUCACCCACGACAACUAUGAGAGCAGGCCGAGCCUCCUGCGUCGUUCCACUGAUCGCCGUUCCGCAGACCGCCAUUCCAGCGAUCGCCAUUCCAUUCAGCGCCAGUCCUCGGACUACCACUCCACCACAGACUUCAACAGCACCGACCGUCACCCUCAGCUCGAGGAGCUCAGGCUGAACAAUGCAGUCCGGGAGGUCUUCUUCAACCGCUUCCUGCAUAUGUUCAGCUCCUACGACCACUUCGUCAUCCAGCCAAACCAGAAGGACAUGGAGCAGUGGCUGGCAUCCCGGGACACUGUGCACAACUUCGACAAGACCACGUUCCUGUCGGAGCAGCCGGAGCCCCACCUGCCGUUCCUGUCCCGCUUCAUCGAGACCCAGAUGUUUGCCAGUUUUGUAGACAGCAAGAUUCUCUCUCACUGGGAGGACGCCGACCCCUGCCUCAAGAUUUUUGACAACCGGAUAAAGCUGCUGCGGAACCAGUCCAGCGAGCCCAUCGUGAACUGCUACGAGCGCUGCACCAUGUACAGGGAGACGGAGGUGCCCAUCGAGAACCGGUUGUCGGCUCCCGACCUGGCGGCCCCCAACCCAAAGGUGAUCGACCCCUCGGUGGACCUUCCGGGGCGGAGGAACCACCGGGCAGGCGUCUUUCCCGCCCUCGACUCGGGCGUCCUGAACCGGCAGCCCGCCCAGUCCAAAAUCAAAAAACGGGCGCACGCCCAGUUUCGACGGAAGGACCGCUCCCUCCAACACGCCGAGCAUUUGAAACUUAACGCAGAGCAACGGGAGUCUGCCCGUGCCAGCACAAAACCAACGCAUGCGCAGUUGUGGCAAUACCAAAAAUACAUGCACGAGGCGCGGGCCAAGCACAUGAAGCAGCCCAAGCUGAGCGACACGGCGUCGGCGGCCGUCAUCGCGCAGACCAACUGGAAGUUUGUGGAGGCUCUGCUCGGCGAAUGCAAGACGAGGACCAAGCGCAUGCUGGUGGAGAAGAUGGGGGUGGAGGCCGUGGAGCUGGGACACGCCGAGGCCAGCAUCACGGGCCUCGAGGAGAACACCCUCCUGGCGUCCUUUUGCGACCUCCUGGAACGCAUCUGGUCGCACGGACUGCAGACCAAGCAGGGAAAGUCAGCGCUCUGGUCACACCUGCUGAAUUACCUCGAGGUCGAGGAGUGCAGAGCGAGUGGGAAGCCCAUAGACAGGAAUUUUUUAACUCCAGUCCCGGUGCGCCCUCAGGUCCCCAAGAGCUUCGGGUUCCCCGAACUAAUUUUCUCCCUUAAGUCGGGCGCUCUAAGUGCUGUAACGAGACAUCUUGCCAACCUGGACCUGUCCAACCUGGUGCCCGAGGAGAUACCGCAGACGCGCGGCAGGGAAGCCAAGGAGCGGAGUCGCCGGGUCAGGACCUCAGACCUGCCCGGCAUCAAGCCGCUCGCUGUUUCUCUGCUCGUGGAUGUCAAAACGGUGCAGGCGAUGAGGGAGAUCAAGACGGACAUCGGCUAUGCGAGGGCCUGGGUGCGACUCGCUCUGGAGAAGAAACUGCUGUCAAAGCACCUCAAGAAGCUGCUCUCUAGUCAAGAACUACUUAGGAGUUCCUACAAGCGGUAUGCAUUCCUGCGAUGCGAGGACGAAAAGGAACAGUUCCUGUACUACCUCCUCACCCUCAAUGCGGUGGACUACAACUGCUUCACCAACACCUACACUGCCACGGAGAUGCCGUACCGGGUCGUGGUGUUCCCGAGCCGGAAGCUAAGCGCCUCCACGACGUCCGCCAACGCGUGGGUCAGCCUGUCAGGCACCAUGGGCACCACGGGCGUCAUCCCCGUGCCCAAGCAGUCCCUCGAGUUUGUCUGCCACCACAAGAACCUGGGCCUCCUGACCACCCUGAGGAUAGGCCACGACAACACGGGGCUCUCGCCCAAGUGGAUGAUCGAGCACUGCCUCGUCAGGAAUGACGUGACGGGGCACACCUACAAGUUCCCGUGUGGCCGGUGGCUCGGCAAGGGCAUCGACGACGGGAGCACGGAGCGGCUUCUCGUGGCUGAGAUGGUUCCUGCCGACGUCGACAACGAAGAGCUGAUGGAGGCCUGCAGAACCCCUCCCCGGUGUCGGUCGCCAAGUGUGCCAAGGAGACCGAGCGAACCAAGGCUGACCGUCCCGGAGAUUCAGCAACUGCUGGGGGAUGCCGUCAACAACAUAGUGAAGUACUUUUACAAGUCGGAGCGGGAGCGGGGCAACCUGACGAUCCUGCUGUGCGGAGAGCUGGGUCUCGUGUACUGUCUGGAGCAGGUCUUCCUGUAUGGCUUCAAGGACACGCGCUUCUUCAGGCACAUCUACCUCUGGGAGUACUUUGUGAAGGUGAAGGAGUUCUUUGAGUCGGUGCUGCAAGACGGCCCAGAGGAGGACGAGCGCCCCAACGAGGUGUGGCGCGGCUACUGCCGCCUGGCCAACAAGGUGGACCGGGCGUCCCACACCAUGGGCAAGGAUGGCAAGUUCCAGCUCUUCAUCUGCCUGGCCGCACGGGAGCACCUGCUGCACCAGCUGCUGUUCGAGCUGGCAGCGUGCCCUGUGACGGCGAGCAUGUACGAGGAGCGGUCGUUCCUGCGGGAGCCCGGCCUGGUUAUGUUCCUCGUCCAGAUCCUCGAGGCCCUAGCAGAGUUUGACAUCGCCCUCGAGGCCUCCAUAACCAGGGGUGUCGACAACUGAGCGGGUAGCAGGCUUCUUCUUGACCAAGACUCAAGAUUAGAUUCAUGUCAGCACAAAAUGGAGGUGUCAUCACAGUGCAGCCAACGAAACGGCUAACAGCAGGCAAGUGGUGAACGGUGCUCCAAUUAGCUCUAACUACAAGCUCCAAAGACACCGCCAUCUCAGAAGCAUCUUCCAUCAUCCGCAACGAGCCUGUUAGUCGUGGCGGCGUUCCUAUGUCAUAGACACGGACAGCACUGCACAUGUGAGCAUUUCGUCAUCCCAGAAAGUGGACAUUCUUUCAUGAAGGACUUGCACUCGGCCGUGUGUCUAUGUACGUUCGUACAAGUAAGCGCAGUUCGUGGAGCACGAGCCACGAAUCUCCGGAGGCCUUUAUGAAGCCUCGCCGUGAUAGCUCGUAACCACAAACAUGUGCCUGUCUGUAAAAUAAGGUGCGAUCCCGUUUUUGUAAACUGACAAGACGCCAUCCAUAACCGGGUCCGUUGGAAGUGUGUUUGCUUUUCUUGGCAAGCAUGUGCCGUCAGUCAUGUGUCUCAAAGUGCCAUCGCAAUUUUUUCAUGGUUUGUUUUUGCCUGUCGAGUCAGUUUUUUUCGCGGCUUGUUAGGAUUUCCAGGGUUUUUCGAGCGAGUCCUCUGAGCGAUAUUUUAAGGUCCGUGUUUUAAUGCGUGUGUUUUUAGGAAGCUUGUCUAAGUGUCGUUAGUUCAAAGACGCCCGUGGGUUCCAAAUUUGUGACAUUCUAGGGAUCCCAAAAGGGCCGUGUCACAUUACUAAACAUUGCACAGAUGUGUGCACACCUGAAUGCGACAUGUUUUGCUGCAAUAUUACUUGCAUUUCGGAUUGUUUUGCCAUGUAAAGUUGCUGUUAAAGUUUUGUGGUACUGUUUAAUUGAUGUAUUUGCAAUGCAUUAAUGUUCAUCUUGGGGAUAUGAUCUGAGCUUUGCUUGAUUGGAGAGAAUCUUUGUAAAUGACUCAGUCACUGCUGAUGAAGUUGAGGUGUAUAUUUUCAGGUGUAUGUUUGGGAUCCUUUUUUGACCCAGGAAGUUUUUAAUUCUUUCCGUUCAUUGCUUUAUGUACAGGAGUUGUUUGGAUCCAUAAUAUCAAGACAUUGCAGUUGCUGUUUAGUAGUCAGACAGUUUGGCAUCAUUACCCAUUGCUCUAGUUAUUGCUCAAUUUUCAUUUCCAUACAAGUUUCACUAGUGUGAAGUGUUCAGCAACUCAACUGUCACUUGAUUGGCCAUAGUACUUAAUUUAAAUGGCUUUACUGCUGUAUUAUGUUGCUAAACAAGCUUAAUGUUUGCAAAUGUAAAUGCUUAAGUUGUGUAUUUAGCUUUCAUUUAGUUCAUUUUGUAAGCAGUCAAGGAAAGAGCUCAGUCUUUGUUGAAAGUGGUCUAGAUCUGAGACUUUAUAAAUGUUUAAACAUUAUUUGCAUGUGCAUGACAUUAUUUUGAGUGCUUGGAUAUUUUAUUUUAGCGACAAAACGAUGUUCUGAGAAUAUGAUCGAUGACUUGAUAUCUGAUAAUUGCUUAUCUUUUUUUAAUCCGAUGCAUUUUUCCAGUGGGGCUUCCUAGCUUGAAGGAGUUAUUGGGACAUUUUUCUUUACAAAGAUUUGCUGGUCAAUUUUGAACCCAAAAAACAUUUACGGACUGUUUGGUGCGGGCAGUAUUCUCAUAAUGUGUGACCUUGAGUUUAAGCUUGUUCUCUUUCCUUCGUCAUUUUUGACUCUAGAUGAGUUUGCUCAAGGAACAGCAUUUUUGCCGCUACAUAGUCGAUAAAGCUAUAUCUAUAUAGAAUGCAUAGUGGGCGCACAUUACCAUGCUAGUCUUAAGGUCCACACCGCUAAAAGCAAUGCCAUGAUGGUAGCUGGCAAGACAACUUCCUGCAUAAGUUUAUGUUUGUUGUAUUCUGAAACAGAUGUAAAUACAGACUAUUUCUUAAAAUGAAGGCCACUCC